CGUAACCACCGUAUCGAAGUAUAUCUACAUGGCCAAGAUAUUCAGACCGUUCUUCUUCAGAGCUCCAUUCUUCUUUUGGUACCGUUUUCUUCUCAAGCAACUCAAGAACCUCGUUGGCAUCCCCAAAAAUAUUGGCAAUACCUUCGGAACCCAGUUUAAAUACCAAAAGUAUUCCUCUCUGGCUUAUAGAUCAGACCUCGACGACCAUACUUUAAUCUUUGAUGUGGAAGGAACUCUGUUGAGAUCUCCUUCUCUGUUCCCUUACUUUGUGCUCGUGGCUUUCGAAGCUGGUGAUCUCUUUAGAGCCACUUUUCUCCUUGUGUCAUAUCCUCUGGUUUGUUUGGUGGGAGACCGAAUGGGGAUACAAAUAAUGGUUAUGAUAAGCUUCUUUGGGAUCAAAGCAGAAAGCUUCAGAGCGGGAAGGGCUGUUCUGCCAAAGUUCUUGCUGGAAAACGUUGGGUCCGAAAUCAUCGAAGUGCUGAGCCGGGGUGGAAAGAAAGUGGGCGUCAGUAAUUUACCCCAGGUAAUGGUGGAAAGUUUCUUGAGAGAGUAUUUGAAGGUCGAUUUUGUAGUAGGCAGAGAGCUCAAAGUGUUUUGCGGCUACUACGUGGGGUUGAUGGAGCCCAGAAACUCCAAACAUGCUCCGGAAAAGGUUCUAGAAGAGAGAGGAUGUUCUGAUGCCAUUGGCAUCACAACCUUCAAUAGGAUCCUUGACCAUGACUUGUUCUCCCAGUGCAGGGAAAUAUACUUGGUGACCGAAGCUGACAAGAGAGGCUGGCAAAAGCUAGCGAGGGAGAAAUACCCCGGAGCGUUGAUCUUCCAUGACAGUAGAUUGGCCGUGGGACCCACCCCUCUCGAGGGCGUAGCCAUAUUGAUGUGGCUUCCGUAUUCGAUAAUUCUCGCGAUUGUCAGGAUUAUCGUGACGCUGUCCCUCCCGCACAGCAUCUCAACUCCUCUGCUCACCUUCUCUGGGCUGCGUCUCACGGCGUCAUUGCCCACGAACUCGGCCCAGAUGUCCUCCAAAAGCGAAGGCCGUCUUUAUGUGUGCAACCACAGAACUCUGCUAGAUCCUCUCUACCUGUCUUUUGUGCUCCAGAAGAAGGACUUGAUCGCCGUCACGUACAGCUUGAGUAGACUGUCGGAGAUAUUAGCGCCCAUCAAGACGGUGCGUUUAACGAGGAACAGGGAUCAGGAUGCGAACAUGAUGAAGGAGUUGGUAAAGCAAGGGGACGUAGCAGUGUGCCCGGAGGGGACCACGUGCAGAGAGCCGUAUUUAUUGAGAUUCAGUCCUCUGUUCUCAGAAAUCUGCGACGAAAUAACACCCGUUGCUAUUGAUAGUCACGUCAGCAUGUUCCACGGUACAACCGCAGGAGGAUUUAAGUGGCUAGACCCGGUUUUCUUUCUCAUGAACCCGUCCCCAGUUUACUCUCUUAAGUUUUUGCAACAGGUCUCUCCUGCAUCCUUUACCUCUGGCGGUGACGAGGAUCCGAGAUUCCAGGUCGCUAAUCACGUGCAGUCUCAGAUUGGGGAGGCUCUGGGUUUUGAGUGCACCAAACUCACCAGAAAAGACAAGUACUUGUUGUUGGCCGGUAAUGAAGGCCUCGUUUCUAACCCAACCAGGCGGUAAAUGGCUGGUACUCGUGGGGACAGGGAAUUAAUGAUAAAACAUGGGUUUUAUUAAAAGGACGCAAAAUAAAAGUUGCAAAACAGAUUAUAGUACACGUAGAAGAAAGACCCUUCCUCUGGUAAUCACAGUUAUCUGUCAUCGUAUUUUGUCGGCAAACUGCUCCGAGGGCAGGUCUCUUUCUUUUUUGGUCUCCUACCAUUUUCCUCUUGUGCGGCAGCAUGGAGCAUGAUUGGUUCUAUUCCAUUCCUUCUUGGGGUAUUUUUUGCCCUUAUCUUACAAUUAAUGUACGUAGCUAUCCACCGUGCAAAACACCCUUUACUUCUUGUACGUGCUUUUUUCUUGUCAAGCACAGUACAGAUACAAAACAGGAGCCCCGCUGUGCCGCUCAUCUCU